CAGGAGACACACUCACUAUGCUGGAGAGUGUUUGAAGCCGCGAUGGGAGUUAACACAUCCAAGUUUGUGGAGGUCCUGUCACCAGCGUCGUUGCACUAAACAAAGACAUUUGUUUUUUUUCUGUUUUUUUCUCUAAAGGGGGCUUGUCUGCAUUUUUGUCCGAGGCGUUUCUCUCACAGGAUGUUGAUGAUAUUGGAAAGCCGGGUAAGAUCAUAAAGUCAGUUCUCUCUGAUGAGAACGACCUCCUCCUCACCAACACACAAAGGGAACCACGGAACAAGUUCUUUUUUUCUUACGCCAUCAUUUUAAUUUUUUUUUUUGAAUGUCACUAAGAAGCAGAGGGGGCUGUUUCAAAGACAAAAUGGAUCACUUUGCAGCAGAGUGCCUUGUUUCAAUGUCCAGUCGUGCAAUUGUUCACGCUCCUAAAGGGAAUAGGGAGAUUAAACCAGAAAUCCCGUCCUCCUCCAGGAACGGAGAGGAAAUAAAGGAGCCUUUGGUGAAAGAGAACUCCUCUCUUUUCGUGGUGGCGCGGAUUCUGGCGGAUUUUAACCAGCAGACUCCCAACAUUGUUGCCGAGCAGGCAAAAAUAAAGGAUGAGAGCAUGCCGAACCUCAUAGAUGAUGGAAACUCUGCCACACCUACCACCAUCUCCGAUCCUUCGCUCAAACAAAGAGGCAAAAGAUCACGAGGUCGAACUGAGCAAGAAUCACCUCAGAAAAAGCACAAAUGCCACUAUUCAGGUUGUGAAAAAGUUUAUGGCAAAUCAUCCCACCUCAAAGCUCAUCUAAGGACACACACAGGAGAACGGCCUUUCCCGUGCACCUGGCCCGACUGCAGUAAGAAGUUUGCUCGCUCUGAUGAGCUGGCCCGCCACUACCGCACCCACACAGGGGAGAAGAAGUUUGGGUGCCCGCUUUGUGACAAGCGCUUCAUGCGCAGCGACCACCUCAUGAAGCACGCCCGACGCCACUCAGAUUUCCAGCCCGGCAUGCUGAAGAGGCCCCACGGCAGCAGCGGCAGCAGCACCACACGUCCCAGCUCCCUCAGCGACUACAGCCGCUCGGAUGCCUCCAGCCCCACCCUCAGCCCCGCCCUCAGCCCAGCCAACUCGCCUUAAACUGAAACCCAGUCGCACUUUCUGCCUCUGACCUGCGAGGCCUGUGUUUUUGUCAUUACACUUGUGUUGCACACUUGUCAGCAACCCCCCCCCCCCCCCCCUUUGCUAUUCCUGCGCUUGCUGUGGUGUACCAUACUGUACAUAACUGCUUAUUGUAGUGCAAUUACUCGUGUGAUCCUAAAAGAAGGUAAUGCCUUUCCCAGAUGGCAAUAUUUACAUUCUGUACCAUAUGUCUGUAUUUUUUUAGCUUCUAAUCAUGGCUAGUUGUCCAAUGUAUGUUCGCAGUCAGCUAAACAAAGUUUAGAAGAAGAAAAAAAACAGACACCCUGACAAGUCUUAUCAAAAAUGGGUUUUUUUCUUUGUUGUUUUUGGACGGGUGAGGAGAAGGGGUACAAACACACACACACACCUCAGGAUUGAAGACAGUUGCUAUUUCUGUAAUACCACAGUACUUCACAGUACUCACAUUGACUGCACAAUAUACUCAUCACUUUACUCUGAAAUUCAACAGGGGUUGAAUUUUACGCCCUGCUCAGGGAUGGCCUUGUUAGCUUGAAAGAAUGAACACGGUGAAGAGAAACAUACAGUACAUAUAUAGCAGCCUUACACUCAAUUUGCACUCUUUGUUUUUUUUUUUUUUGGUUUUUUUUGUUGGUUUCGAGGAAACUAGCCCGAUGGUCACACGCUCAAUCGUAUGCAGAACUCAUGUGUUCUCGGCGGGAGGGGGGGGUUCAUAUGUAAAGUUAUUACUGUGUUUUUAACAAUCCCUGAACCUCCAUUCUAGUAAACAAAACACACCUGCUCCUUCGCUGCAACGUUAAUAUUGCCGAUUACACUGGGUUAAAUAUGUAUUUCGUGAAACAGCAGUGUGUAAAUCUGCACUGCGGGAGUAUCAUUUUGGGUUUUAUACUCAGUUAAAGAAACCUUUAAAUAGAGGCAGUUUCAAAGCAGCUGUUCAUGCUUUUUUUCCCUUCUUAAAGCGCUGUAUCAUCAGCCGGCAUUUCACUCAGAAUGGACACAAAGGGACUUUAGUUGAAACAAUGUUUAUCCCUCUCUGAAGCACAUAGGAAAAAGUACCAAAGACAAGAGUGAAUGAAAGCUUUCUAUUCAGUCUUGUAAGCCGCCCUUCAUCGAGGCCUGGGGCUGCUGGUUGGCAGUAUCACAGGUAGAACCAGACGGCCGGCUCACUUCCCUCCUCCUCUUCCUCCUGGCUCUGCCUUUUGUGGCCUCCCUCGAGGAAACAGCUGCAUCCCACAAGCAGCUAUUCACGGCCCGCAGGAGGAGUGCGAACAUGCCAUUCCUGGGGAGUCCUCCCUCGCCCAUCUGGCUCUACCUGUCCUAUCUCUCUGACUCUGCCAAAUUGCAUAAGGUGGCCUGAACUUGGAGGGAGUUCAUAUGUAGGCCAGAGUGUUAGGGCAGAGCCGUGCGCGUCGGAGCGAACAAAGUGGCUAUCUGGAAUUGACAGGCAAGAGAGGGCAGGUCCUGAUAAAAGAGGAGAGGUUUAUCAUGAGCUGAACAGCACAGAGGAGGAGACACCCAGGCGCAGACACCCCCCAUCCAUCUCCUCCUCCCUCCCCGACUCCCUUCCUCCCUCCAACUGUAGAGCGGAAAAAAUGGCUGUAAUUAGCGGGUUGAUCCAACCUGUAGAAUAAGAAGGAGAAGUGUGUGAACAACAGUACUACCUAGACAAAUCUAGCAGUGUGAUGCCCCCAACUCCAUCCUAAGCACAGGGAGAAAUCCUCUCAGAGAGUCAAAUUAUACAAUGCCAAGGAAAAAAUGUCCAAAAUCACACACAGAGCUCUCAAACAGCUGCUUUCAAACUUCUCUCUUGCAACAAGUGGGGGGAGGGGGACUUUUAAACUGUUGUAAAAACAUUUGAACCAUAACGAACAUAUCAGCAAAGUGGAGCGCUCACCAGCCUCACGUCGUCCUCCCUGUGAAGCUCAGAUGUCCCGUGAGAAAGCUGACUUGUGUUUUCUAGACAGACAUGCCUCAAUAAGUCAGGCAAAAGGCACAGUAAACCUUCCAUGGAAGCGGGCACCACUAUCAAAACUGCUGCAGCCCCCGCCGGUCUGUGUUAUGCCUACAUUUUCUUUUAAUGCUUCAGCACUACACAGCCGGAAAUGGUCUCAUCCAUGUAUUUGCUCCUGUCAGACCCCUCCAGACUGUUGUCAUCAGCACAUGCUAGCUUCAUUUCUACCACCCCCCCCACCCCACCCCCCCUGCAGUCCCAUGCUUCACACUAUAUGCAUGUUAAUAACUGCACCCUUAGAAGCGCAGAGGGGGUUUUGAGGCGGUCCGGCAGGUGUAAGUCCAUGAAUGGCCGGCCUUGUCCCCCCGUUCUCCGCAGUAGCCAUCUCUCUUUAAAGUUGUGAAGAAUCAGCCCUGUCACAUCCUGCAGAAAGAAAACACCCCUUAUUUAGAUCGAAAUGCAGUAGUUUCCUCAAAACACCACGUUUUUUUUUUUGUUUUUUUUUUCUAAUAAAAAAACAACCCUCUGUAAGAUGUUCAAAUAGUUUCCAGGCUGCAAGAUGACACUUUGAAUGCCACUGAUCAGCAGCUCUUUGUGAAAGAAGCACUGAGAGGGUUUUUACAUGUACCAUUUCUGGAAAAAAAAAAUUCCACAAACUUCAAAAAGCUGUUGAGCAGCUAUCCAUUUUUUUUUUGGUUUGUAGUGUAACUUCCUCCUGCAAAGACAAAUUUCUGAGUAGCUCACCCCUUAAGCAGGUUUCAUGAAUCACUUCUUUUAAUCCAUAAUCUGCACAUUUACCUCAGGGUCGACAUCAAAGCAGAUAUGGGACAGGUUGUGGAUUUUAACAUCAGUUACUGCACAGAAAUGUCUCCCCCCAUCCCCCCUGGUGUUCCUGGGUGCUUUGUGCUCACUGCUGGUCAGUGUCCGACCACACUGGAAACACGGGAACGCCUCCGUAUGUUCGGGGCCCCAGCUCCUGCCUAUAAUGUCUCCACAUACACCCUACAAGUCCUGCGAUGCGCCUUAGUAAGCACUGGGCACUCUGGAGCUCUUUUCAGUGAAACGCCCCUUUAAACACCUUUGACCCUCAGUGUCGGUGGACUUACAGUAGGCAACAGGAAGCUGAAAACACACCAACUGUGACAGCGUUAAACAUCCCAGUCUAUCCAUCCAGCCAGACUGCACCAGUGACAUAUAGGCCUCCAUAGGCACGAGUGUCUCAUAACUUUUAUUCUUACUGUACCAAAUCUACUUGAAUAAUUCAACACAAAAGGCCAUUGAACACAGUUUUGUACAUGUCCAUUUUUACUGUACUUGCUUUUGUUGUCAAAUAAUUAUUAACCUCUCUGGAGAAACAUGUAUAGUUUUUUUUUUUUUUUUUUUUAUAGAUUUUCCAUCAUCUUCAGGUCAUUUCAGCAACUCUUUAGGAUUUAUCAAAGCAUUAAGGUUGACUGUUUUUGUCGGGCUGUUUAAUAUUUUGUUUAAAAAGAAAUAUCCCUGUUAAUGGGGUUUUCCCCUUUAAUCAGAAACACCUGUUGAUGUCAGGAUGCAGGUUAUUCCAGUUAGCCUGUUAUCCAAAAAUUACCUUUCCAGUCAGGAUUGUUUAAGGGUGACGAUAAGCAAAAGGAAACCUCCUGACCUCUAUGUUCGACAGUUUCAAACAGAGUUUUCUUUAUUAUUUAGAUUCUUUUUAACGUUUUCUGUAAGAAUAGAGACCACGGCAUUGUGAGUUAGCAAUGUAGUCAUAAUUUUUAUUAUUGCUUUUUUUUGUUGUUGUCUCAUAUGAAAUGCUUGUGUGUUUUUCAGAACUCAUACCUCUUGAGAUACUUUUGUUGUACCUUCAUAUCUUUUCGAAACAUCCAUCAUGUAGCUUGCGUUUGCUUGAUGAGUAGCACAAAUAAUUGGUGGUUUUAUUUGUCCCUACUUGAAUGACGAAGGAAAGAAAGACCUUUUUUUUUCUGUAAAAAAAAAACAAAAAAAAAAAGAAAAAACACUGGGCUACAUUUUUAUAUAAUCAUCCCAUGUUGUCAGGGUCCUGCAAAUCCUUAUAGAUCCAAGAAUCUCUCCAGGAAAUAAUACGUUUUUUCUAUUAUUAUUAUUUUAUGUUACAAAAAUAUUUAAAGCAGCCCCUCUCUACUGAGCUCCAUAUAUUUGUCUUAGUUAAACAUUUUCUAUGUGAGGAAUAAUGUCAGCUGUAUAUGACUAUGAAGCUCCAUUUCAGCAUUUUUAAAUCCAACUUUACAACUGUAAUCCUGGGAAGAUUACAGCUUUUGACAUCUGUCAGAAAGGAGAGUAAAAAAAGGACUUUAAACGACGACUAAAUGGAACAAACAAGGUUCUACAAGAUGCUAACAGUGUACCAGUUAAUAUUUUUUUUCUGCUAAUUGUAAAAAUAUAUAAAAGUGAUUUGGUUGUUGCCUAGUAUGUAAAGAACUAACAAUCUUAUUUAAAAAAAAAAAAAAUCAUAUUAAUGACAUGAUUAUAUCACUGAUCAGACCGUACAAGCAUGAUCGAUGCAAUUGUGUGCCAAAACUAUUAUGGUAACUUCAUAAAGAUACAAAAGUUGAGGGUAAAAAAAAAAGCUACUAUCAGACAUUUAACAAACUUGUACAGUUUUAUAAAGUGUGACAUGUUUUUAAUGUAAUGUACAGGAUUUAAUGAAGCAACUCUGCAUAUUUGAUAUGCAAGUGCUCUAAGUUAAAUAUUUCUUUUCUGCUUUAUGUAAACUUUUUUUUGAUUGUGUAGCUUUUCAUUUCUUGUUAUUUAAUUUUUACUUCUUUUUUUUGCUGUACAGUACUCAAGCAAUGUAUAAUGGCUUAUUACAGGUAUUUUUUUCUUUUGGACAUAAACAAUCUUAAUGAAAACCCAACCAUUCCAAAGGAUUGAAAAACUGCAUUUGCUAUAAAUGUGCUGCUUACAUGGACCCGAUGCAUUUUUGUAGGAUAUGAAUAGAAGUCUGUCUUGACUGUGAGGUUUUUUACACGUUGUGAGUUGUGUACAAGGUACGUUUCUCAUUGUCAACACUUCCCGGGUUUAAUCUCUCCUUUCUCCCUCCGCUGGCUCCAGGCGUCGCCAAUUUGAAUGAACAACAUACAUGCAAUAUUUUGAUGUAUUAUAAUAUUAGAGAGUUACGGAGCAUGUCUUCCCUCAUGACAAAGGCCUGAGGCUUUGAGGGAUAAGGUUUGAAGAGGCGGCCAUGAUAGGAGAGAGCGGUUCUUGAGCAGUGAGACGGAGCUUUGGGUCCUCACCGAAGCUCCACAGUUACAAGUUGUUACCAAAGGCUUUGAAGGGAAAGAUGAAUGUUGUGGUAAUUUUGCGCCCAAUUUGGGUUCAACUUUACAUGCUGUAAGUGUUGAUCAAUGGAUGUUGUGCUUGAUAUGGACCUUCUUUUCUUUUUCCUCAAAUAAUUGUUUUUGAAAAUCACUUGAAUGAACAGAAAGCUUGUUUAAUCAACAGGAGCAAACUAAUUCUGACAGAGUGGAAAGAAACAAAAGAGACUGAGUGAGCAGGAGUGUGCGGCUGCGGCAAGCAGACCACAUCUGUCUGUACCCUUCACUGACCAUGUGGUCUUGCUCGGCUGCAUGAGCUGACACUGGCGUUAACUGUAAAAAUGCACGCCGACAAAAAAGUCUUUUGGAUGUUUUUUUGCCCUUCAAGGAUUAGUCUGUUCCAGGUUGUGCAGCACACGUUGCUGUGCUGCUCCCUUUAAUUACAAAGAGAGCCUCUCACCAGCCUUUUGGUUCUGUUUCCCGUACCUGUUUGUCCUCAGUGUACCUCGUCAGUGUAAUGUUGCUCUCUUGAUACCUCCGUGUGUUUCUCCUCUGCCCAUCACCAUCAGUUGCCUGUUGUAGUGACUCCAUGGUGCUGCUUCCCCUCUCAGCACCAGUAUAAUCUAAUCUGUAAAUAACUAUCGACUCAGCUAUGGCCAGUACAUUCUCUAAUGACCUCACUCUAACCCUCAGAUGUCUGUUUUUUUAUCUCUCAGCAAACCAAAAUCACUACAUUCAAGUAUUACAGUUGUACAGUUCCUCGGAUUCUACACACACUCAAUGUGCUGGUCUUAGCUGCUCUGCUGUACCUUUUUAUGGCAUUAUUUUUUACAUGUUAGACAAUAUAUUGUGACCAUGUCCUAUGCAAAUAUGAAAAAUAACAGAUUGUUGAAUAAUGUAUGUUGUCAUAACUUGUAUGCAUGAAAUAGUGAAGUUUACAUUUGGAAAUAAAUUCAUAAAAUAAGCAGCUA